AUGGAAUGGGAACAUGUCCGACUGGCUCAGUUUGCCCAGUUCCAUCAGACACCACCACCACAGGAUCAGGUGCCGCAAGUCCAGACUCAAAAUAUGAUCCAGAACCAAAGCAUGUCAGGAUUUUCGGUAGAGGCCAAGCAUUUGCGAGAUUUCAAGAAGUAUAACCCCAGCACCUUCAAUGGGUCACUAAAGGACCCUACCAACGCAGAAUUAUGGAUAUCCUUUAUUGAAACGAUUUUUCGUUAUAUGAAAUGCCCAGAAGACCAGAAGGUGCAGUGUGCCGUUUUUAUGCUUUCUGACAAGGCUCAGAUCUGGUGGCAGUUGGCAGAAAGGAUGUUGGGUGUAGGAGGGGAUCCAGUGACUUGGGAGCAGUUUAAGGAGCGCUUUUACGCGAAGUACUUCUCGGCCAACCUGAGGUACAAUAAGCAGAGGGAGUUCUUGGAGCUGAGGCAGGGACACAGGUCAGUGGAGGAGUAUGACCAGGAGUUUGACGCCUUAUCCCGUUUUGCCCCGGAGUUGGUCGCCACCGAAGCCAUGAGGGCAGAAAGGUUCAUUCAAGGCCUAAAAGAAAGUAUACGAGGUAUCGUGCAAGCAUUUAAACCAACCACUCAUGUUGAGGCACUUCGUUUGGCAGCCGAGGUGGACCCACAGUCAGGAGAUGAGUUUUCACUAGUAUUUGGGGCGGGACCUUCCUCAGGUCAAAAGAGGAAGGCAGAUCAGAAGGAUUUCAAGCCUCACCCCCAUCAGAAGGUUCAAGGUUCAGACAGAUCGCUUCGUCAUUUUAGGCAGCAGGCUGCCGAGACGGGUGCAGUGGAGAGGAUGCGACCGGUGUGUAGCUCGUGUGGACGACGUCACUGGGGUCAAUGUUUGGCAGGCACCGGAGUUUGUUUUCAUUGCAAGCAGAAGGGGCACUUGUUAGAUAGAUGUCCUACUAGAGGCAUGUUCAGUCUUGGGAACCAGUUUGUAGGCCAUGAUCAGAGGAGUUCAGGUAGGCUCCAGCAUCAGCCAGGUUGUGUUUACUCUACCACUCAGCAAAGACAUGUUCCCAUUCCAUAUUCUAGUAUGCUCAAGGUUGCAAACAAUCUGUUGGACUUUUUGUCUUGGGGCCUUUACCUGCUGACACACAGCACUUACUGA